AUGGGCGCCACUUGGAGGCCGAAGUGUGAAGCCAUGGCCUUUGAAGACCCUUUUCCUUUAUCAUGCCAUCUUUCUCCUCUCCAUUGUAGAACCGACAAUUAUUCUGCGUUGGAUUGGAACUGCAAUUUUGGGUUUCCGGACAGCUUUUUUGACGUUGUUCCUUUGCUUGAGAGUUGCACAAAUAAUGACUCGUUUUUCGACCCCAAGGACAUAGAUCCUAUUAGCAGUUUUAUAUCAGAAGAUGGGGGCGUUGGGAUUUGGAGUGAAUUGGAGAGUGAAGCAUUUGGGGUUGAGGAAGGAGGCGGAGAAAAUGGUAAUGGAGGGAUGGGAAACGAGGGGACGAUGAUGAGGAAGGCCAAAAGAAAGUGCUGCAGAGAAACGAGCAAUGGCAGUGGCAGUGGCAGUGCAUCAACAAAAACGUUGUCAAGAGAAGCAAUAUCGGAGUACUUCUACAUGCCCAUAACUCAGGCGGCAAAACAGCUCAAUGUCGGACUCACUCUGUUGAAGAAGAGAUGCAGAGAAUUGGGUAUAAGAAGAUGGCCUCAUAGGAAGCUCAUGAGCCUGCAGACCCUAAUCAAGAACGUCAAGGAGCUUCAAAAGGAAGAUGGAGAUCAGGGAGUGAAUAAAUUGAGCAAUGUAUUGAAGAUAUUAGAGAAUGAGAAGAAAUUAAUGGAGGAGAGACCAGAUUUGCAGUUGGAGGACAAUACAAAGAGGCUUAGACAAGCCUGCUUCAAGGCCAACUACAAGAAAAGAAAGCUUUCUGGAACCAACAAUGGCUCCCAGUAUUUCUCCAUUAAUGGUGGAAUGAUUUGCAGAGAUGAUCAAGAACAGGGGGAGGAGGAGGAGGACGACGACGAAGACGAUGAAGAAAUAAAAUAUCUGUUGAUGGAACCAUUCUACGCAAACAACAUAAAUGUAAAGUUUGAAUCCUAGGAAACAUCGUUUGAGAUCUACCCUUCUAGGGGUGGGUGGGAACCAAGACAGAGAACUCCACAAAAGUGAAAAUUUCUAACCACUACCUUCCUUUAGCUCAUGUUCCAAAAUGAAAGGAUAAAAGAGUUCCUAAUCCAAAACCCAGCUUCAAAAACAGAGAACUGAGCUUCCAGAAACGAUUGUAUAAACAAAAUCACGCAAAAGUCAGUCAGAUCCAUAGCAUUUGAAACCAACAGAAACAAAUGGAUCUAUGAUAAAUAAUGAAUCAACAUUCCACCCAAAACAGAGUUCACUCCCGAGGAAGUGAAAAACAAACAAACAAACAAACAAAGGAGAAAGAGAAA